UGGCACCUUUGUGAACUUUCAGUACUUUUUUGAUUUCUGAUUUGUGAUUUUGAACUCGAAGAAAGACUACUGAGGCAUCGAAUCCGACGUUUGAGCUUCAUUCUUCUUAGUAACUAUUAUAGAUUUUUAAUCCUAUUAUAAUACCCAUAUACUAAGGGUUAAUUUUACAAUUUUAUUGAGUCCAUACUUCAUUCAUUUAUUCAUUUAGGACUCGUUUCAUUCGUUACAUUUGGUCAAUUAGUUAAGUCCUACUCCUACAGAAAGUGUUGAAGCUUCAAAGUUUUAAAGUCUUAUAGAUCUAUAAGUUGGUGGUACUAAUAUCUUAUUCAUUCAUAUACCAUUAGAUAUGUCUCAAAGAGAUCUUACAUCAAAUACUCCUCAACUAUCGGAUGAUAGUGAUUCUUUAACAUUCGAUCAUAAUGCUUCUCACCAACACGCAAAUAAUAUCCCAAGAAAUCCAUUUGAACUGACUCUGGAUCAAGUUUCAAUCACAUCAUCAACAAGAUAUUCAACUAAUUCAGAAGUAUCUCCAACUACAAAUUCAAAUCUUCAUCCUAAUUAUAAUAGUCAAUCAAAUCAACAAUCUAAUUUGGAUUCUCAAUAUGGUAAGUUCAAUGCUUAUUCUGGUUUUUAUUCAAAAAAUGGUACUUCUUCUCAUUUAUUAUCUCAUGAAAAUAGUUCAUCAGAAGAUCAAAUUGCCACUCCACCUCCAGGUCAUAAUCGUAGUAAUACUCCAACUCAUAAUAAUAUUCAUGUUCCUCCUGAAUUUGAUAGAUAUCCAUCUAUGGCUGGCUCAAGAGUAGUAUCUUCAACUAGUUUAUCUUCUCAUUUAUAUGCUCAACCAAAUUAUCCAUCUAAUAAUAAUAAUGGUAAUAAUUCAAGGGCAACAUCUCAAUAUGGUGAUGAAGAUGAUCAAUCUUCUUCAACAUCUAAUAAAUCAUCAGCAAAUCCUUUCUUAUCAAAUACAGAUUUCUCACCAUUUGGUGGAUAUCCGGCAACUUCAUUCCCCUUACAUAUAGAUGAAAAAGAACCUGAUGAUUACUUACAUAAUCCUGAUCCUAUUGCUGAUGCAGAAUAUGAUAAAAAUAGAUUUAUUCAUGAUUUAAAAAGUAUGGAUAGAAGAUCUCUAGGAGGUCUUAUAAGUUUUAUAAUUAUGUUCAUAGUUGCAGCAGCUAUCUUUGUAAUUCUUCCUGCAUUAACUUUUACAGGUGUUACUAGUGGUUAUAAACCUCAAGUUUAUGAAAUAUUAACUCAUUAUGAAUAUCCUUUAUUAAGUGCAAUUAGAACAUCACUUAUUGAUCCUGAUACUCCACAAGAUGCUUAUACUCAUAUUAGUAAAGAUGGUGAUACAUGGAAUUUAGUAUUUAGUGAUGAAUUUAAUGUCAUUGGUAGAACUUUUUAUUCCGGUGAUGAUCAAUUCUUUACUGCUCCUGAUUUACAUUAUGAUGCCACUAAAGAUUUAGAGUGGUAUAGUCCUGAUGCAGUAACUACAGAUAAUGGUACUUUAGUAUUAAGAAUGGAUGCUUAUCAAAAUCAUAAUUUAUUUUACAGAUCAGGAAUGGUUCAAUCUUGGAAUCAAUUCUGUUUUACUCAAGGUAUGAUUCAAUUCUCUGCUCGUUUACCUAAUUAUGGAACAAUUUCAGGAUUAUGGCCUGGGUUAUGGACAAUGGGAAAUUUAGGUAGACCUGGUUAUUUAGCUACAACUGAUGGAGUUUGGCCUUAUAGUUAUGAAGCUUGUGAUGUUGGUAUAACUGCUAAUCAAUCAUCUCCAGAUGGGAUUUCAUAUUUACCUGGUCAAAGAUUAAAUAGUUGUACAUGUCCUGGUCAAUCUCAUCCAAAUCCUGGUGUUGGUCGUGGUGCACCUGAAAUUGACGCUAUUGAAGGAGAAAUUGGUACUUUACCUGAUGGUAAUAUGUUAGGGGUUGCUUCACAAUCUCUUCAAUUAGCUCCCUUUGAUAUUUGGUAUAUUCCUGAUUAUAGUUGGGUUGAAAUUUAUAAUGGAUCAAUUACAACUAUGAAUACAUAUGCUGGAGGUCCAUUCCAACAAGCAUUUUCAGCUACAACAACAUUAAAUGCUACAUGGUAUGAAAGAGGUGAAGGACUUGAACAUAAUUUUCAACAUUUUGGUUUCGAAUAUAUUAAUGAUAAUACUGAAGGUUAUUUAAGAUGGUUUGUUGGUAAUGAUCCAACUAUGACUAUUUAUGCUAAUGCAUUACAUCCAGAUGGUAAUGUCUCUUGGCGUAGAUUAUCUAAAGAGCCAAUGUCAAUUAUUAUGAAUUUAGGUAUAUCUAAUAAUUGGGCUUAUAUAAAUUGGCCAUCUAUUCAAUUCCCAGUAACUAUGAAUAUCGAUUACGUUAGAGUAUAUCAACCAGCCAAUGAAACCAAUGUUGGUUGUGAUCCUGAUGAUUAUCCAACUUACGAUUAUAUUCAAUCUCAUUUGAAUAUUUAUGAAAACGUCAACUUGACAACAUUUUCCGAAGGUGGUUACACUUUCCCCAAAAACAAAUUGAUAGGUUGUUAAUAUCAUUAUGCAUUAUCAUAGUUAAGUUCAUUACAUUACAUUACAUUUCGUUUUUAUUAUAUUAUUAGAAGUUUAAUUAUUAUUAUUAUUAUUAUUAUUAUUAUUAUUUUUUUAGUUGUUUACUGUUUUUGUUUUUAGGUUUGCUAUUUUCAAUCCUCAGGUUGGUUCAUCAUAUUUAGUCAUAUAUUUAGAUAAAAUUAGUUUUCUUGAAUUUUUCAUAUACACAAUUCAUAAUAUAUAUAUAUUAACAUAUUAACAUGAAUUAUGUUUUGUUGUUCUAUAUAAUUAAAGCCACAUAAGAGGCAUUAUCAUAAGAUAUUUCCAAUUAUAAAUAACCAGUCCAUGUAUGUAUGUAUGUAUGUAUGCAUAGUCAGCUGAUUUCAAAGAAAAGUUGAGGGAGAGACAUUUUCUUUUUA